AUAAUUUCUAUUCUUAAUUUUUUCUGCCACGCCACUCUUUCCUUUUAGAAACCGGCAACUAAAAUUCAGGAUUUUAUUUCGAAAAAAGUUUAAUAUUUUUAGACAAAAUUCAUUUAAAUAAUGUUAGAUAAAAAAUAACUUUUUUAAAUUUAGCAACUCCACUACUUAUAUGUAUAUACACACAUAUGUUUUGUUAUGUGAUCAAAAAUAGAUAAAUUCCCUUUGGUGCAGAACGUGAACAAUAAAAAAAAAUGUGUAGGGAAAAGUUAAAAGUGGAUCCGACUCCAGUUACUGUCAAAGAAAAAUUAAAAGUUAAUAUGGAGAAGCAAGAGUACCUGGUUAAGUUGACAAUUUUGCUUCUUGCAGCAAUACUUUCCUUUUCUACAAGAUUAUUUUCGGUGUUAAGAUUUGAGAGCGUGAUUCACGAAUUCGAUCCAUAUUUUAAUUAUCGCACAACAAGAUAUUUAGCAGAACAGGGAUUUUACAGUUUUCAUAAUUGGUUUGAUGAUCGAGCAUGGUAUCCAUUAGGUCGAAUAAUUGGAGGCACUAUAUACCCUGGCUUAAUGAUAACUUCAGCAGCUUUGUAUAGGAUUAUGUGGCUAUUAAAUGUAACAAUUGAUAUACGAAAUGUGUGCGUAUUUUUAGCUCCACUUUUUUCAUCUUUUACUACUAUAGUGACAUAUUUAUUAACCAAAGAAAUUCAUAGCACUGGUGCAGGUCUUGUAGCGGCAGCUAUGAUUUCAAUAGUUCCUGGCUAUAUAUCUAGAUCAGUAGCUGGUAGUUAUGACAACGAAGGAAUUGCUAUAUUUUGUAUGCUACUAACAUAUUACCUAUGGAUUAAGGCAGUAAAAACAGGUGCUAUUUUUUGGUCAAUUAUGUCAGCUUUAGCAUAUUUUUAUAUGGUUUCUUCAUGGGGAGGAUAUGUUUUCCUUAUAAAUUUGAUUCCAAUACAUGUUCUGGCUUUGAUGGCAACCGGACGAUUUUCUCACAGAAUAUAUGUUGCUUACAGCAUUUUGUAUUGCAUUGGUACAAUAUUAUCAAUGCAAAUAUCUUUUGUCGGUUUUCAACCUAUACAAAGUUCAGAGCAUAUGUUGGCCUUAGGUGUUUUUGGACUAUGUCAAAUAAAUGCUUUUGUAGAUUAUGUGCGAUCUCGUAUGUCAAAGGAUCAUUUUGAGAUUCUGUUCAAGACUCUGGUUUCAACUGUGUUUAUUAUAAGUGUUGCCAUCAGCAUUGUACUAACUAUAACUGGAAAAAUAUCACCUUGGACGGGAAGAUUUUAUUCACUACUUGAUCCUUCUUAUGCGAAAAAUCACAUUCCAAUAAUAGCAUCUGUCUCAGAACAUCAACCAACAUCAUGGUCAUCUUUUUAUUUUGAUUUACAAAUUUUGGUAUUCUUGUUUCCCGCUGGGUUGUAUUUUUGUUUUUCAAAAUUAUCUGAUGCUAACAUAUUCAUUAUAUUGUAUGGGGUCACAAGCAUUUAUUUUGCUGGUGUAAUGGUUCGAUUAAUGUUAGUUCUGGCUCCAGUUAUGUGCGUGUUAUCCGGAAUUGCUAUUUCACACUUACUAUCUAAGUAUAUUAAAAAUGUUGAUUCUCCAUCCUCUAAAGUUGUAGAAUCUAAACGAAGUCACAGAAAAUUAGAACAACAAACAUCAAUUAAAAGGGAAGUUGCAAUAGGUUUUGUGGCUAUCGUUACUGUAAUGUUAAUAACUUACACAUUUCACUGUACAUGGGUUGCAUCCGAAGCAUAUAGUUCACCAUCAAUUGUAUUAAGUGCCAGAUCGCAUGAUGGCGGUCGAAUUAUUUUUGAUGAUUUUAGAGAAGCUUAUUACUGGCUUAAAAUGAAUACCCCAGAAGAUGCAAGAGUAAUGUCUUGGUGGGAUUAUGGUUAUCAAAUCACUGCAAUGGCUAAUCGAACAAUUUUAGUAGAUAAUAAUACUUGGAAUAAUACACAUAUUUCAAGAGUGGGUCAAGCAAUGGCAUCAUCUGAAGAAAAAGCUUAUGAAAUUAUGCGUGAAUUGGAUGUAGAUUAUGUUUUAGUAAUUUUCGGUGGGUUAACUGGGUAUUCUUCGGACGAUAUAAACAAGUUUUUAUGGAUGGUGAGAAUAGGAGGCAGUACGGAUAGAGGAGCACAUAUUAAUGAACGCAAUUAUUAUGCACCAAAUGGAGAAUUCCGCGUAGAUAAGGAAGGCUCUCCAACUUUACUUAAUUGUCUUAUGUAUAAAAUGUGUUAUUACCGUUUUGGUCAGGUUUAUACAGAAGGAGGGAAGCCUCCAGGGUAUGAUCGUGUAAGAGCUGCCGAAAUUGGUAAUAAAGAUUUUGAAUUAGAUGUCCUUGAAGAAGCUUAUACAACUGAACACUGGUUAGUCCGCAUUUAUAAAGUUAAAGACUUAAGGAAUCGUGGCGUUUAAUUAAAAUAUAUUCUAUUUAAAAUGAGUAUUUUUUUUUAAGGAAUCUGCAUUUUUUAAAUAUUUUUUUUUUUUAUAAUUAUUAUGGUUAUGAAAAUAUGAAAAAUACAUACAUAUGUAUGUACUUCUUUAUGUGUAUGUAUAUUUUUACAUAUGCAUAUAUACAUAAAUUAUACUUGCAAAAUAUUUUUUUAACAAAUUAUUUCAGAAACUAAUGCGCGUGUAAAAUAUUAAUAUAAAAAUAUGUAAAAUAAGAUUGUUUAUUAUUUUUUAUAACUUUAAUUUUAAAAUAGAAAUUAUCAAGGUCUUUUGCUUUGAAUUUAAAUAGAAAGUAUAUGUUGAAACUUUUAGUAGAAUAAACGAACAAAUAAGAUGAACAAUUUCCUAAAGUGCAAGCAAUUAGCAAAAUAAUAUGAACAUUUUUAAUACAUAUUUGUAAUAAUAUUUUUAAGUUUAAUAUAAGGAAAAUUAAAGGAAAAAAAUAAACAUG